AUGUGGCGGGUGGACGAACGGCCCCUCAGCGCGUCCGCUUCGCCCCAGCGGGGAAGAUCCAUUAUGAGAACUCCUCUCCGAGAACUGAAUCUGCAGCCUAGGGCCUGCACCAACUCUGGCGAAGGGCCCCCGGGGAGCCCGUCGCUGACCCCGCCAUCGGGCAAGCAGACGCUGCAGAAAAGCAGCAACAAGUCAUCUCCACAGGCUCUUGUCAGUACCAAGAGGACCGAUUUCCCUUCAGAGCUAUUCAGCGCUCCCUCAACGUGGUUGGAAGCCUGUCAGCAUGAAUCGGAUGAGCAGCUCCUAGACCAGAUUCCCAAUACCAGCUCUACUCCCAAAACAUCUGAAGAAGCAGUACAGCUAUCGGACAGCUAUCUGGUUAAAACCAUGGUCCUUGGCCCCUCUCUCGUGGAGCAGCAGCAAGACAUUCCCCUUGCGGCUCCUGUAGCUGCCAUGGAAGAGACAGACAGCAUCUCUCUUGAGGAGCCUUGGAGGCCAGGAGACCUGGGGAGAGAGGGGAUGGUGCCCUGUAUGAAAGACAGCUCUUCAGAAGUCACUGCUGCCAUGCCCGAGAAACCUACAUUUCAGGCUCUCCCAUGCCACCUUUUGGAGUGUUCCCCAAAUCCCUGUUCUGGGCAACAACUGCACUGCCCCAAGGAGAGCCCGAGAGACAGUGGGACUGAGGCUGUGCCUGAGAGCAUGGUUCCUUCUGAAAGCAAUACCUUCUGGCCCUCCGUGCUGUCCCGGCUUUCCCCUUCAACUGCUUUGGAGGCAGAUUUCCCUGUCAAUCCUGUGGAGCCAGGGGAAGAAACCGGAGCAACAGAGGAACGCGACGUGAGCCUUCCAGCUCCCCCUGAGGAAGCUGACUUGGAGGAUGGAGCGCUUGUGUCAGCGAUGGGCGAUACCAGAUGCCCGAUACCAGAUCCAGUGGAAGCAACCUCUGAGGCAGCUCCAAGCCCAGCAGAAGAUGCCAGCGUGGUUCUUGUCUCUGACCCAGGGCCCUGGAUGUCCCCACUGACUUGGCUGGAAAAAGGUGGAAAAAACACCUCGAUCAUGCUGGAAAAUCUCCGCCAGAGCUUAUGCCUCCCUUCUGUGCUUCGGGAUGCUUCGAUUGGCACCCCCUGCUUCUCGACGUGCUCGGUGGGGACUUGGUUUAGUCCCCCAGCAGUAGAGGAAAAGGGUACAAACACGUCUCAGAAAGGCUUGGAGAGCAUUAAAGACAGAUGUUCUGAGCACCUCACAUUGGGCCGUCCUCCGGAUCUGACUGCCUUGUCGCGACGUGAUCUGGAAGAGAACCUGCUGAGCUCUCUUGUCAUUUUGGAGGUCCUGUCCCGCCAGCUGGGGGACUGGAAGAGUCAGCUGGCCGUCCCUCACCCAGGAGCUCAGGACAAUAGCACGCAGACUAACAACUCACCGUGUGGGACGACUAAGAAACCUCAGGAGUGUCAGAGUUGCCAAGAGUUUGGACCAGCCCUGCAGCAGGCCAGGAAUGUCAUGCAGUCAUGGGUGCUGGUCUCCAAAGAGGUGAUAGCUUUGCUUCACCUGUCGCUGGCGCACUUAGAAGAAGAUAGAACCACUGUGAGUCAAGAGUUCCUGCGCGCAGAAGCCUUGGUCUCCAGCUGUUUUGAUGUGUUGAAGAAAUUUAGGGCAAAGGUCCAGAGCUUCCACGCAGAGAGGGAGGAGGCGAGGCACCAGGCGGAGAUGGCCCUCAGAGGCAAGGAUGCGGCAGAGGCUGUGCUCGAAGCCUUCUGUGCACACGCCAGCCAGCGGAUCAGCCACCUGGAACAGGACGUGACAUCCAUGCGGGCACUCAGAGUCCUGCUGGCCGAAGCCCAGACCCACUUGGUCCAGCUCCACACCGAGCAAGAGGAGCUGGCUCAGCAGACGGUCAGUCUGUCGUCCACUUUGCAACAGGACUGGAUAUCCAUGCAACUAGAUUAUAUAACAUGGACAGCUUUGCUGAGUCGGUCCCGACAACUCGCAGAGAACCUCGCUGGCAAGAGCCGGGAGGUCCUACAGGAACGAGAUGCUGCAGUGGAGGAAAAGCAAAAGGUUUCCAGGAAGCUGGAACAAGUCACGACUCACUUAGAGGGCUGCCUGGGCAAAAUCGAACAACUGCAGGUGGAAAACAGCCGUCUGACAACAGAUCUCCAGGCUCAGCUGCAGAUUCUGGCCAGCAUGGAGAGCCAGCAAAGAGACUUACAAGAUCAGCUUGCCCAUUGUACCCAGGACCUGGCCGUGAAGGAGGACUUGCUCGGCCAGCUCACCCAGAAGAGUGAGGAGCAGGCCGCUCAAUGGCAACAGGAAGAAAUGGCACUCAAGCAGACACUGACAGAGCUACAACACCAACAAGCUGUCCUGAGCAAGGAGGCCCAGGACAUGAAGGAGACCCUGGAGUUUGCAGAGCAGGAGAAUCAGGUUGCUCACCUAGAGCUGGGCCAGGUCGAAUGUCAGUUGAAAACCACGCUGGAAGUGCUCCGGGAGCGCAGCCUACAGUGUGAAGAGCUCAAGGACACUGUAGAGAAGCUGAAGGCUAACCUGGCUAGCACUGUAGCAGAGAACCAGGAGCAUGCCCUGGCGAAGACACGCCAGUAUUCACAUGAGUUAGGGGUGUCGACUGAGCAGCUACAGAGCCUGACCCUCUUCCUACAGCAAAAACUAAACGAGAAGGCUGAACCAGAACCACUUUGGAUGAACACAGCUUGUGCACCUACCAAGGAACACUCUCCGCCUGGUAGCCCCGCCUUGCCUGGAAACUUCUUGUCAGCAACCACAGAAGAAGAGCCGGAAUCAGCUCCCAUGCCCUUGCUUGGAAGUGACCAGAGUGCUUUCACCCGAGUAGGAGCCAUGGUGUCCCUUCAGCCUACAGAGACCCUAGACAUGGAGAAGAGCUUGGCAGAAAUCCGUACCGUGACUCUCGGGCUUCAGAGCUUGUGUUCCCUGCUGCAAGAGUCUAAAGAAGAAGCUGUCAAGACUCUGCAGGGAAAAGUCUGUCAUCUGCAGGACAGGCUGCAGGCCCAGGAAGAACAGCAUCAGGAAGCCCAGAAGGCUAAGGAAGCAGACAUUGAAAAACUGAACCAGGCCCUGUGCUUGCGCUACAAGAAUGAAAAGGAGCUUCAAGAAGUGAUACAGCAGCAAAACGAGAAGAUCCUGGAGCAGAUAGACAGGAGUGGAGAGCUCAUUAGUCUGCGGGAGGAGGUGGCUCAGCUUACCCGCUCACUUCGGCGUGCAGAGACAGAGACUAAGGUGCUCCAGGAGACCCUGGCAGGCCAGCAAGACGCCGACGGUCAGUCCAUGACCACUCACUGGAUCCAGGAGAAAGUGUGGCUCACCCAGGAGGUGGACAAGCUGAGGGUGAUGUUCCUGGAGAUGAAAGAUGAGAAAGCAAAACUGAAGAUCAAGUUCCAGAGUCAUAGAAACAUCCUGGAGGAGAACGUGCGGCGCUCGGACAAAGAGCUACAGAAACUGGAUGACACUGUGCAGCAUAUUUAUGAGACUCUGCAGUCCAUCCCUGAGGUAGUAAGGGGUUGCAAGGAACUACAAGAAUUGCUGGAAUUUCUGAACUGAGAAGCCAAAAGCCAGAGCCUGUUUUGCUCCCCUUUAAUGGCAGCACCCCCUUUCCCCAAUAGCAGGACCAAUUGGCAUAGAGCCACCUAUGUUUAUAGCUGUUGAAAUAAAGUAUAAAUGUAUUUCUUUAA